UAGAAUAGAACUACACCUUAUCCACUCAUUCCAACUUUUACAUUGACCAAAAAACACACUACUGUCGGCAAGUCUUCAAAGCGUUUUGCAGAAAAACCAAUUCUCCAAAAUUGAAAAAAAUGGCCAUCUUAAAGAUCUGAAUCAUAAAGUUGAAAAUAGAAUUUUUCACCCUUAUAUGAACGCCACAACCCCCAGAAAGAAUUCGCAUUUUGCAGCAUUACAUUUUAGCUGAAUUCGCAACUCGAUCAUGAUUCCUUCUUUUCUUUACCGUUUGAUUUCUCGUUUGAUAGCUGCUGUUAUGGCUUUUUUUCAGUUCCAAACUAAGGAGCAACCACUGUCUUUGAAGCUUCUGGUAGACACAGAUACUAACAAAGUUGUAUUUGCUGAAGCAGAUAAAGAUUUUGUCGACAUUCUCUGCAGUUUCUUAACAUUUCCAUUAGGUACCAUUGCAAAACUUGUUCAGAAAGACUCAGAAAUGGGUCCAAUUACAAUUGGUUGUCUCAACUCUCUCAAUCAAAGCGUGGAUAAUCUUGGCUUGUUGACUAAUUAUAACUCAUCGGAAGAUUACUACCAAUUUCUCAAAAUUAACAUUGAUGAUACUAUGCCCACAAAUUACUUCAUGUGUUCCAGGUUUGAUGAGUUUUAUUAUCAAUGUUGUUAUUUGAGCUUAGGCACCAAAAAGCAUUAUUGUGAAUUUGGACAUCCUUUGUCCCGUUUACUUUCCCUUUCAUUACCCAUGUUUCAGUUUUGCUUGGGAUUUGUCAAGUUUAAUAGAAAAUUUGUCAUUAGCGAUGAUUUAAUUGUGUUGCCAUACUCCAUGGAUCACACCAUCUUUGAUCUCACCAAAAACUUUGGAAUUAAAGACACAAGCUCGGUUAAAGAAAUGACUGUCAAUGUCACUAAAGAAAAGGUAUUGGAUCUUUUAAAGUGCUCGUUUUUUUCCAAGACGUCUCUAACCGAUGUGUUUUUAGGAGUGAAACCUCUUAUUGACAGAUCAAGGAUUUUCUCUUGUGAUGUUAAAGACAUUAUUGGUGGUGAUAUUCAUAUCUCUGUGAAGCUGGUUAUAAGAAAAUCAGAUGAUGUUAUAUUGUAUGCUCAAGGGGGACAAGAUUUUGCAGAGUUGAUUAUACGAUUUCUGACAUUUCCGUUGGGAGGAGUUUUACGCAGGUUACAAGGGAAUAAUUCUAUGGGGAGUAUUGAUGGAUUUUGCAAGAGCAUAGCCGAUUUAAAUGAAGACGAGUAUUUCAUGUCCAAAAAUGCAAAGAAAAGGCUUCUGGAGCUAAGUGUUAUGCAUUAUUAUUGUCAUGUUCUUGGUGAUAGUACUCCCAAUCAAAGAAAAGCUAAAGUCACACUUUACAAAAGUAAUGAAGUUUGUAAUGGUGUGCAAAAUCUAUUUAAAAUGAAAUUGGUUAAUACCAUUACCACGCCGGCUAAAGAACAUCCUAUAAGUUAUAUCAAGACACAUGAAAUGUAUAUGGUUGCAGAUGAUCUGGUCGUAGAGCCGUUGUUGUCUCCAGUUUCAUCUGUAUUUUUACUUAACCGUUUCAAAACGUCUCUUAAUGAUUUGGAGGAAAAAGUUGUUACCAUUGGCAUCAAAGAGAGUCUCGGUAUAUUUAAGGAAGCUUUAAACUCGACAUCUGCGCUCACAAAUGGUCUCCGUCACCUGUUAACCCAAGCUAAGAAGGAGAAAUGAGAACGAUUAACAUUGUUUUGUAAGAUAUCUAUAUAUUAGAUCAAACUUUGUAACAGAAAACAACACCGCACCUUUCUAUUUCGCGUUUAUUUCAAUUCAUGCAUUGAUGUCUUAAGACCUUGAAUUAGUUCUGAAAGUUAUGCAAGGUCUGUUUUUUUCUUUCCCUCUCCAGAUAAGAGAUACAUGCUACCAACAAACUCUCAAUUGUCAACAGCCAGUAAAUUUUCUGCAUAACUUUGAAAUCAGAUAGUGAUUGCAAGGUUAUACUACAAUCAAGAAAUAGAAUUUGCAAUAAUUGUGUAUACAAUCAACAAUGAAAUCAGAUAGUCCAAAUCAUGACUACAAUGAGAUCAUUUUCCUUUUACUCAUUUUAGGUAAUGUGUUUUAUCUACGAUUCAAAAUUCGUAAUAUAGCCAAUUCAACCUAGUGAACAAUAAACCAUUUAUUGAACCAUAGUCUUAUUAAUGAAAAAAACAUAUUUUACUCUAAAAGAGCACGAGAGCUAUUUUUUUCUAUAUUUUUCUCUAAUUUUUGCUUCAAAAACUAGAGAUUGGUGAUGAAGGGAUGUAAUAGAAUUCCAAUAUCAUGGGUGCUAUGGAUUAGACUUCUGUUGCGGUCGAGAUAGGGUGAACCUGCAAGGUUAGUACUCUAAUGGCUAAUUCAAUGAAUAGGAGAAAAGUAGUUUCAGAGUGGGAAUGGAUUGAAUACCUGAAAUGGCGCGCUUUGGUCUUUAUAUAGUAUGAUUAGAUCCAAUGGAGCCUUAUGCGGGUUUACGUUCGAUUAGAUCCAACGGUAACAAAAUGUGAUGGAGGGCGUGAUCAUGUGUCCUCUGUAGGGAUGAGGGUCCACCUGUUAUAUGCGCCUUCUUCUUCAACACUUGUUAUUGGACCUUCUUCCCGGGCCUUGUGGGCGGCCUAGAAUAAUUUCCCCCCAAGCCCUUGUUCAUAUAUCGUAGAAUGAGGGCUUUGUCAAGUUCGUUUUCAGUCCGGCCUCUGGUAGAAGAAAAUAGCAUACCUCACAAAUGUAUUUUGAAUGAUGUCAAAUAUUCUCGAUAUGUAAAUCUCUCACAAAUAC